ACAUCAUCAUUCAACUCAAUAUGUCCCAACAGCUUGUGUGUUCUCUUCUUCUGGUGGUGGCGGUGGUCGUAGCUGGUCAUGCCGACUGGAGCUACAGUGGAAACGACAAUGGACCUGAGCACUGGAAGGAUAUGUACCCAGAGUGUGGGGGUGAGAGGCAAUCCCCCGUUAACGUGGAUACUGAGGACGUAGUGGGGGAGGAGCCAUGGCCUGAGUUCCAGUGGCAUCACUUCAAAACUGUCCCCAAGAUGAUGACUCUCACCAACACCGGCCACUCAGCUCAGGUGUCGUCUGAGGACCUGCGGGCGUCAGUGACAGGCGGGGACCUGGGUGCCGAGUACACCUUCGACCAGUUCCACUUCCAUUGGGGCAGCGACGACAAGCUGGGAGGCUGUGAGCACACUGUUGACGACAAGAGGUGGGCUUCAGAGCUUCACCUGGUGUUCUACAAGACGGAGUACGGCAGUAUGGAGGCGGCACUGAAGAAGUCUGACGGUGUGGCGGUGUUCGCGGUCUUCCUCGAACAUUCUCAAGAGGAUAAUCCCAGCCUGCAUAAUGUUGUAGCCGGGCUCUCCAGCAUCACAAACCCGGAGGACAGCACCACCAUCAAGCCCUUCCCUCUGAUGGAAAUCCUUCCUCGUUCCCUCACUGAGUUCUACCGCUACCAGGGAUCCCUCACCACCCCCGGCUGUAACCAAGUCGUGACCUGGACAGUGUUUAAGCGUCACAUCACCGUCUCUUCCGCUCAGCUGAAGAUGUUCAGGUCGCUGAAGUUUGAGGACGGUGAGGCCAUGCAAGACAACUUCCGCCCCAUUCAGCCACUGAACGAUCGAGAGAUCUUCCAGGGGUUGGAGGAGGAAGAUAUCAUCAAACAUUAAACGGUUUAAAUUAAUUAGUACUUAACUUAACUUAACUUAAAUAUUUACUAACUAUUACUGUUGCUAUAACCUAAAACAUUAUUUAUAAUCAUUAAUUAAUAUUUAUUAGUGGAUGUCCUCUUAGUUAUUAUUUCUAGGUCAUUAGCAGUAAUUAUAUUAAUAACCAAACACAGAUAUAUCAAUCACCUUUGUCAACCACCACCUUAUGUAUUUAUUUGUUAUCAUUAAUUUGUAUUUAUCUGAAUAAGCUUUGUUUUCAUGCAAAUAUUAUGGAAAUUAAUCAUUAUGCAAAUUACAGUAUCGUGAAUACCUCAGUUGAGGCCUUGUGUCUAAUGGACGGUACAUUAAUAUCAGCCACUGUAACUCACAAUAAAUCCUGACUGUA